CUGUCUCUCUCUCCCCACCUGCGAUUGACACCAGCCCCCGCACUCCACCACAAAACCUUUCUCCUCUCUCUUUGGCUCUGCAGGCUCCUCUCAAAUUUCUUUUCACUCUACGCCCAUAAAUUGUUCACAUUUCCGUCAAUCCCUCAGCACCUGUCUUUCCAUAUUUUUCAAGCAGACCCAACAUUCAUCGAUAUUUGCGUAGGCGGUCCAAAAAGAGAAGAAAAUCCGCAGUGCCGCCCUUGCCGGAAUCUCUCCUCCUCCUCUUUUUCUCCUUUCAGAUUGCAGUCCCUGCACCUCCCCAUAUUCUGGACGAACCCCUCCGAUGCAUUAGAGAAUAGAGAGUAGAGAUCGGUGGAGUUCAGUUCAGUCUUGGCUCGGGAACAGCCGAACAGGAGAGCUGGGAGCCCGUACGGCGGUGGGGGAGGGAGAGUACGUACGUAUCCCACGGUCCCACCAGCACGCGGCCGCGUUACAGGGUGUGCGUACGCACGGGCCCUUUUCUGGUGCGCGCUCUGAAUGCGCUCUUGAUAUCUCUCGGGUCCUCCUCGACCCGCUUCUGCUUCGGUUGCGGGCGGCUCAACUGCUGGUGCGCAGCGGGAAGAGCGGUGAAACGUGGCAUUUUGAUCCGGUUUUCCGCGUGCUUUAUCCGUGGCGAAGCCGCCGCGAUCCCUGGGAGACAUUUUUCUAUUACAACAAUCGCUAUAUAAUAGUUGCCGCUGCUCAACCGGUUCAGUUUACAAUUGUGCUUUCCUCUUGCUGUAUUUUAGGAUUCUUGAGAAGCCCUCUAUGUGACUAUCUGAUUCUCCACCAACCCCUUCAAGUUUUAGGAUCCAUUCGUCUGUACUUCACAAACUCUGGACCCUUGGAGAUAAUCCAUCUGAUACACAACUUGCUGCAAGAAUUCGACGGCAAAUGGGCCAAAGAACCGCAGCGAUACCUGGUUUGAGGGCUUUUGGAGGUGUUUCGAGCAACAUGUUCCUGUUCUCCUCAUCUAAAUUCCACUUGAACAUGUGGUUUCUGUGGAUCCAGACCUCCAAAGUUGGAAUUUGAUCACUUGCGUCAGGGCUUCUUGGCUUCCUUAUUUGCCAUUAUGGGGGACCAGAACUCAUGGCUUAGGAGGACCAAGUACUCUCACACUAUCUACACGAGGGUGGAUCCUCGCUGGGCACCUGUUGCCCCGCUUGGCAAGGAUGUUGAGAGGAAUCUGCAGGUUGCUCCGCUUGGUAAGGAUGUCGAGAGGAAACUGCAGAAAUUUGUGAGUAUGGGUAAGUCUGUGUCAAUGCCCGUUGAUCGGGAGGACGAAGAUACAGGGACUGCACUCAAGCACUCUGCUAGCUUGCCGCUAGUUCGAUCCUCGCUUCAGCUUGAUAGGGAUAAAGCCAACAAGCCGAAGAAGGCAAGUUUGGAGAUUCCUUCAAGCACCCCAAUGAACUCGGAUAAUUCCAAUGGUCCAAGGGCAAGGAGCCUGGUCAAGAGCCCAAGUUCAAUGAUGCUCCUCAGCUACUUGAACAAAGCACCCUCAAAUCAAGGUUCUAGUCCACAAAAGGCUGGUGGACCUCAGCACAGACCGAGAUCAAAGUCCCCCCUUCCCAAUAUUGUGCCUUCCGAAGUGUUCAGGGAAGCACAGUCUAGCAGCCAGAGGUUUGCAAGCCCUCCUCCACAUCGAAGAGGAUCUGAAAAGAGCAUCUAUGGCAAAUCAUUUGCUAGGCAAGUGCCUGAUAUGGGUCAAAGUCCCGAUUGGUGUUCAACUCCAGUGGUAUCUUGUAGGCACAAGUCUCAAAAGGAUAAUUCUUGGACAAGGAAAUACAAUGGUGGAAGGAGAGUUAGUGCAGUGGACACUACUAAUGAUCGGAGGGGCCAGAGGGUUAGAAUGAAUCAGGUGGUGCAAACAACAGUUGAUUGGACACUCGAUCCAUCCAAGCUGCUCGUUGGGCAGAGGUUUGCUAGCGGAGCAUAUAGCCGGCUGUACAGAGGAUUCUAUGAUGAUAAACCAGUUGCAAUUAAAUUUAUCCGCCAACCUGAUGAUGACGACAAUGGGAAGAUGGCUGCAAAACUUGAAAAGCAGUAUAACAGUGAGAUCAAUUCUCUAUCUCACCUGUAUCACAAGAAUGUGAUCAAGCUUGUAGCAGCCUAUAAAUGCCCACCGGUUUUUUACAUCAUUACCGAGUUCCUCCCUGGUGGUUCCUUAAGGUCAUACCUAAAUAGCACAGAACACCACCCCAUCCCUCUGGAGAAGAUCAUAUUCAUUGCUCUCGAUGUUGCCCGUGGGAUGGAAUACGUGCACUCUCAAGGGGUGGUCCAUCGUGACAUUAAGCCUGAGAACAUCCUCUUUGACGAGAACUGUGUGAAGAUUGCUGAUUUUGGUAUUGCCUGUGAGGAGACUUUAUGUGAUGUGCUAGUGGAGGAUGAGGGCACUUACAGGUGGAUGGCUCCUGAGAUGAUCAAGCAAAAGGCAUACAACCGGAAGGUGGAUGUCUACAGCUUUGGAUUGCUCUUGUGGGAAAUGGUGUCUGGAAGAAUUCCUUAUGAGAACUUGACCCCUUUCCAAGUGGCUUAUGCUGUUGCAAACAGGAACUUGAAGCCAACAAUUCAUCCAGAAUGUCCACCAGCUCUGAGACCCUUGAUUGAGCAGUGUUGCGCGUUGCAGCCUGACAAGAGGCCUGACUUCUGGCAGAUUGUGGAAGUCCUGGAACAGUUCCAUUCUGUUCUCUCGCAGGGUGGCUGCCUCGACACACCGAAGAGCGGCACCUGCCAGGACCACAAGAAGCGACUUCUGCAUUGGAUUCAGAAACUGAAACCAUCACAUAGCACCUGAGUAACUGAGUUGUUGUCUCAUCUUUUCAGCCGUAGUUUUAUCCGGUUGGGUAUGCUCAGUAGUUUAGCAUAAGCUUUACCUUUUGCUCUUUUGAAAAGAAAGGAUCCUUGCUUCAAGGAACCCGUGUUCUAUGAUGCUUGCAGCUGUUUGUCUGGGUCUGCGAAUAGAUUUUACAGUAGCUGUAUAUGACCAUGCUUUGCACUCUGUCUUCUCCCUUGUUAAAUUAAAUAGCCUGCAGUUAAUCUGA